AUGGCUUCUGCAGACCCGACCUUCCAUCUUCCGCGCGUUCUCUGCAUCCACGGAGGCGGCGUCAAUGCUGCCAUCUUCAAGGCCCAGUUUCGAGCAUUUCUCAAUCAUGACAGGCUGAAGAAUCGAUAUCGCUUUGUCUUUGUCGAUGCUCCGUUUUACUGUGACGAAGGGGUUGGCGUCCACCCGGUCUACUCGGACUGGGGCCCCUUUAGACGGUGGUUUCGAUGGACACCGGAGCAUCCGGAGAUCGAUCCAGGCGCAUGCCAAUAUGAGCUUGAGUACACCGUUGAGCGAUGUAUGGAAAGUGACGAGGGCACGGGGGAGUGGGUGGCAACGCUGGGAUUUAGCCAGGGCGCGAAACUGGCAGCAAGCAUGCUUUACGAGCAGCAGGUCAGCGGCAAGGACGGCCCCUGGAAGUACGCCGUCAUCCUCGCCGGAAGAGCGCCGCUAGUUAGCUUGAGUGAGGAGGCAGAGGAGUUCCCAUGGAUGCAAUCGGCCGGAGGGCUUCCUGAUGCCGCGGAUACUGACAGUAUCCUUGAGAGACCGGACAUGAAACUGCGGAUCCCGACGCUACAUGUGCACGGGCUGAAGGAUGAAGGUCUCCAUCUCCAUCGGAAGCUGGUGGGGAACUACUGUGCUCCGGGGACGACAACUCUGAUUGAAUGGGAUGGCCCGCAUCGGAUUCCCAUCAAAAAGAGCGACGUGGACAAAAUAGUGGAUGCUUGGAUCGAGCUCGCUGAUGAGUACGGCGUCUGA